GCGCUUUACUUCUCAGAGCAGCGGACAGACUAGAGGAUGCGCGUGAGCCUGUACUGAGAGCCGAGGUUCAGCUUUACACAUAACUCACCUUUAUCACAACCUGAAGAGCACUGAGGACAACCAGAGUACUUUGAGCAGAGAGUAGUGGACUAUUUCUCUCAUACUGUAACAUGGACCGACUGCAGACUCGAGGUCAACCGGUUGAUGUUCAGCGACAGUGACUGAAGAUGAGGUUCAGUUAGUCCAUAAUGGAUCACCAUCACGAUCUGAAAUGUAAAAUAGUUGUGGUCGGAGACACUCAGUGUGGGAAGACGUCUUUGCUGAAUGUUUUUGCCAAAGACUCCUUUCCAGAGAACUAUGUUCCUACAGUGUUUGAGAACUACACAGCCAGUUUUGAGGUGGACACAUUGAGAGUUGAGCUCAGUCUUUGGGAUACUUCAGGGUCUCAGUACUAUGACAACGUGCGCCCCCUCUCUUACCCAGACGCUGAUGCAGUCCUCAUCUGUUUUGAUAUCGGUCGGCCGGAGACUCUGGAGAAUGUGCUAACGAAGUGGAAGGGAGAAAUCGAAGAAUUCUGUCCCAAUACUAAAGUACUUUUGGUUGGAUGCAAGUCAGACCUGCGUGCAGACCUGGCUACAUUUGUGCAGCUGUCCAAUGACAUUCCUUCAUCGUAUGACCAGGGUUCAAACAUGGCCAAACUGAUCUCGGCCCCUUACAUCGAGUGCUCAGCGCAGCAGUCGGAGAACAGUGUGAAGGACAUUUUUCACAUCGCCACACUGGCAUGCAUCAGUAAAAACAACAAGAAUGCAAAGCGCAUCAAGUCCAGCAGAGCCACCAAGAGGACAACACGUGUAUCUAACAGGUCUGAGCUAGACUCAGUGUCACAUCGACACAAGACCAAGGCAAAAACCUGCACAGUCAUGUGAUUUUAGAAGCCAUUUCAUCUGCAUGCAUUCCCUCUCCUAUCAGGAUUCUUUCUAAAAUUCAUGGGACAUGAACUGAAGGGAAAUAUUUUGCACUUCCCUAGAAUCACAGUAUGUACGACUGAGUCAGUGUCUGAUGAUGUCAGUCAUUAAUGAUGAUGCAGUCUGUUCUCCCCAUUUCAAAGCACCUCAGAACAUAAUAAAACACCUAAAGCAGGGAAAAUGUUCCCAAUGCUGCCAAAUGAGCACUUAUAACUUUGUAGAAGCUGUCCAAAGAAGAAUUUCCUCCGGAUUUUGUUUUGUUAUAAUAUUUCAUUGCAACAAUCCCCAGUUUAUGGAUGUAACUAACUUGUAUCAAAACAUGAUCCGUGCUGCUAACCUUAGUCCUGUACAAUCAGACCUGACUGUGCCAAAAAGUGUCAAAAAAUGUCAUAUAUAAUACAUUAUAGGUAUUUUUUUUUCUAUGAGAUAUUAAUACAAGUCAAUAAAUUGAGCAUACCUGUCAAAAA